AUGUCUCUAGAAGCAUACCAAAACCCAACCAUUUCCAGGUCCCGCUUUGCCGUCCACAUGGCCAAAGUAAUGAAAAGACCGGAAAGUCAGAUUUUUGUGGCGAUUGACACCAACUGCCGUAUGACACGUGGCCGUCUCACCGACCCUCACGCCGUUCUCGAAGUCACCACGUCGACUCCGUUGACGCCGGUUCUCACCGAGGAAUACACCAUCGCCAUAUGCGAAUUUCUCCAUGAGGAACUUUCCUUUGGCGCCGACUCCGUCCUGAUCAAUUAUCGAUCGUUGAGCCCGGAGCUCAUCGGAUUUAAUGGACAUGUUCUUGCUGAGAACCGCCCGAGUGUUAGCAGAGAUAAGGCGAUGUAUAUAAUUGGUCUUCUUUCGAUUGCUCUCUCUUUCUUCAUCCUUCAAUUCCUUAAGUAUAUCUAG